CCCGGUCAGGCCCCACCGGGAGCGGGACGGGACCAGGCCCCACCGGGCUCCCGGCGCUCCGCGGGGUCCCCGUGUCACCCUGGGUGCUUCAUCACUCUGCUCCUGCCGCUCAGCUCCGCUCUGGGGCUCCCUGAGGCUCCCCCUGCCUUUUGAGGCCCUCUCAGGGUCCUCCCUCCACAGGGUCCCUGCUCACAUUUGGGGUUUGCUGAGGUUCUCGUUCCUCUUGGGGACCUUCUGGGACUCCCUGAGGUUUUUGUUCCCUUUGGGGAUAGUCCCAAGGCCCACACUGUCUUCUGGGGUUCUAAAGAGUCCACACUCCCUUUUGGGGUUCCUUUUGGGGUCUUUUUCAGCAUCCUCCCUCUCCAGGGUCUCUGUUCAAAUUUGGGUCUCCCUGAGGUUCCCAUUCCUUUUUGGGGCCCUUCAUCCCAUUCUUGGAGCUCCCUGAGAUCCUCACUCCCUCCCAGGACCAUCUCUCCAUCUCUGAAAACCCCAUUUACUUUUGGGAUCCUCUCAGAGUCUCCCACUCUCUUUUGGAACUCUCUCUUCCUUUCCUUUUAGGCUUCCCCAAACCGUCCAUCCCCUCUGUAGCUCUCCAUCCUUGAGGCCCCCAUUCCUCUUCAGGGCUCCCUUUGAGGCCCCUCCAUCCCCAGUCCCCCCAGCCCCUUCCAUCCCCUCCCACCAUGGAGAUCAAGUACGAGUACGUGCGGAAGCGCUGCGAGUUCGGGCGGCCCUGCAGCUUCUCAGACUUCCUGGCCGAGGUGACCGUGGACAUCCCCCCCGACCCCAGCCUGGCUGAUGACUUCAUCCCCCAGGACCCCGUGGAUUUUGCUGUGCAGGAGGGUCCUGUCAUGGCCCUGCACGAGGUGAACACUGAGAGGGUGGAGGUGGCCAUCCAGGGUGUGAACCAUGUGGAGGGAGGGUGGCCCAAGCACGUUGACUACAAGAAUUCAGAGCUGACCACCCGCUACCGGGAGGAGGUGGAGAGAGAAGAGAUCUACACCAAGACUGUGCAGCGCCUCGGCUCCCUGAUGGAGCACUUCAUCAGGCAGAACAACACCAUCGACAUCUACGAGGAAUAUUUUGAGGAGGAAGAGGAGGAAGAUGAGGAGGAGGAGCCUCCCUCAUACAAAACCAUCAAUGUGCUCAGGGACCCCAACCAGCCCAAGAGGAUGGCCACGCGCCUCUCCUGGCACCCCGACGGCAACAGGAGCGUGGCUGUGGCUUACUGCAGCAUGGAAUUCCAGGACAGCAGGAGGGACAUGUGCAUUGAUUCCUACAUCUGGGAUCUGGAAAAACCCUACAGCCCAGAGCUCUCCCUCAAGCCCUCGUCCCCUGCGGUGACCCUGGAGUACAAUACCAAGGACUGGCAUCACGUGUUGGGAGGCUGCUACAACGGGCAGAUAGUGUAUUGGGACACCAGGAAAGGGGGGCUGCCCGUAGAGAUGACCCCUGUGGAGUUCAGCCACAGGGACCCCGUGUACGGCGCGUGCUGGCUGCCCUCCCGAACGGGCACCGAGUGCUUCUCAGCCUCCACCGACGGGCAGGUCCUGUGGUGGGACAUCCGCAAGCUGUCACAGCCCAGCGACAAGCUGAUCUUGGACAUCACCCGGGAAGAUCAGCUGCAGAAGGCUCUGGGUGCCGUCUGCCUGGACUUUGCACCCACCAUGCCCACCAAGUUCCUGGUGGGCACAGAGCAGGGCAUCAUCAUCUCCUGCAACCGUGACGCCAAGACACCGCCCGAGAAAAUCGCCAACGUCUUCAGAAGCCACAUUGGGGCUGUCUACAGAGUGACCAGGAGCCCCUUCUUCCCCAAAGUCUUCCUGUCAGUCGGUGACUGGACUGCUCGGAUCUGGACAGAGGAGCUCAUGGAUUCAUCAUCAAUUAUGGAGACCAAGUACCACACUCCCUACCUGCUGGACACCUGCUGGAGCCCCCUGAAGCCGGCCGUGUUCUUCACCUCCAAGUCUGACGGGACUUUGGACAUCUGGGACUUCCUCUUCCACCAGAAAGAGCCUGCCCUCAGCAUCAAGGUGUCCAUCGAACCCCUGCUCAGCCUGUGCGUGCAGGACAACGGGCAGGUCCUUGGCUGUAGCACCAGGAUGGGCACUGUCUUCCUCCUGGAGAUCUCCUCAGGCUUCUGCACCCUCCGCAAGAACGAGAAGACCCUGACCUCCUCAAUGUUCGAGCGGGAGGCGAGGCGGGAGAAGGUCCUGCAGGACAAGCAUCGGGAGCGGCUGGUGCAGCAGCAGGAGCGGGCACGGGCCCGCCCAGAGGAGCAGGAGGAUCCCCACGAGGUGUUCAAGCAGGCCAAAGCUGAUUUCCUUGCCAACAUCAAGGCAGAGCGGCGCAGGAGGGGCAUAGAAGACCCCGACGAGGGUGAAGAGGGCAAGGCAGCUGAGUAGGAAAAGCAGGAGGAAGAGUAGGACGAUGCCAAGGUCAGUGUGCUCCAGCUGCACCUUCCUUUCCCCUCCGUGCCA